AUGGUGCAAUUUCCUUGUGCGCUGCAGAGCUGGAGCGUCCCACUGUUCCAAACUCCAACCAGCGGCGUAAAGUUUCCGCCUUUCCCUGAUAACAACAGGAGGAUUCAGAUCACUAGACUAAAACCUAGACAGCACCGGUGGUGGAGAAUAUCCUUGGCAUUGAACACGGGCGGUGGGUUACCCGGAAAUGGAGAGCAGAACGUCAAUGGGGGCGAUGGCGGUGGAGAUGGUUCGGGGCUUGGCGGUACGAGGCUGGGGCGGAUAGUCAGUGCGGGUGGGAGGCAGCUACUGGAUAAGCUGAAUUCGACAAGGAAGAACUUCCCCAUGAAGGUGUUCCUCCUGCUGCUGGGAUUCUACACAGCGAACGCGCUGGCUACGAUACUGGGGCAGACAGGGGACUGGGACGUGCUGGUUGCUGGUGUUGUGGUUGCGGCGAUUGAAGGGAUUGGGGUGCUCAUGUAUGGGAAGAUCAGACCUGCUUCGUUAUCGAAAGAUGAGAGGUUCAGGUAUUUUGUUGGGAUGUUGAAUUUUUGGAAAGCUGGCGUCUGCUUGGGGCUCUUUGUUGAUGCUUUUAAGUUGGGCAGUUGA